AUGCUCAACUUCGCAGUCAUCGGCACGGGCUGGAUCACCGACUCAUUCAUCGAGUCGGCCCAUGCGACGGGCGCCUGGAAGCUCGUCGGCGUCUACUCGCGCAAGCAGGAAUCCGCCUCCGCAUUCGCCUCCAAGCACGGCGUGACGGCGACGUACACCUCGCUCGAAGCACUCGGCGCCGCCGCCGACGUGCACGCCGUCUACAUCGCGUCGCCGAACUCGCUGCACCACGCGCAAGCCAAAGCCGUGCUCAGCGCCGGCAAGCACGUCAUCCUCGAGAAGCCGGCGACGUCGACGGUGGCCGAGUUCGAGGAGCUGCACGCGCUGGCGCGGGAGAAGGGCGUGUUCCUGAUCGAGGCGAACCGGCACAUCCAGGAGCGCAACUUCAAGGUGCUGCAGGAGAGCUUGGCCAAGCUGGGCCCCAUCUACGGCGCGAGCCUGAACUACGCGUCGUACUCGUCGCGCUACAACGCCGUGCUAGCCGGCGAGACGCCCAACAUCUUCAGCCUCGCCUUCUCGGGCGGUUGCUUGGUGGAUCUCGGCGUAUACCCCAUCGCCGCCGCCGUCGCGCUGUUCGGCAAGCCCAAGGCGCAGUCGUACAGCCCGGUCUUCAUCGCGACGGGCGCGGAUGGCGGCGGUUUCGUCAGGCUUCAGUAUGAGGGUUUCGCGGUGGAUAUCAACCAGAGCAAGAUUUACACGUCGGCGGCGCCAAGCGAGGUAUACGGCGAGAAGGGCACGCUGAUCGUGAACGGGGUGACGGAUAUCGACAGCGUGGUCUUCUUGGACGCGAAGAAGAAGGAGAAGACGCAGUUGGCGGGCGAGAAGGCGAAGUUGAACUUGCAAGAAGAGGCCGCGGAAUUUGCAAGGAUAAUCGGGGAGAAGGAUGCGGCGGCGGCGAAGAAGCUGGAGGAGAUGAGUAGGAUUGUGCUGGGAAUCACGACGGAUUUGAGGAAGCAGAACGACAUCGUGUUCGAUGUGGAGAAGAACUGA